AUGUCCAAGGUGACGUCCAUUUCCUGGAGUAGCAACACAACAAGGCUAGCCACCGUCGGAGCAGACAAAAUUGUUCAGCUCUUCGACGAGCAUGGCGAAAAGCAAGACAGGUUCAGCACAAAGCCGGCUGACAAGGCUGCGCGAACGUAUGCAGUGCGGACCAUUGAGUUCUCUCCAGACGGCACUAAGCUGGCCGUAGCGCAGAGUGACAACAUCGUGUUCGUGUACAAGCUCGGAAGUGACUGGAAGGACAAGAAGUCCAUCUGCAACAAGUUCCAGCAGACCUCGAGCGUGACAUGCCUCACCUGGCCAGCGGGACAUCCGAACGAGGUUGUGUUCGGCCUUGCCGAAGGCAAGGUCAAAGUGGGCCAGCUCAAGUCCAACAAGGCCGCCACUCUUUACUCGACCGAUUCCUUUGUAGUUUCGAUGUGUGCUGGCCCUGAUGGAAACUCCAUUCUCAGCGGGCACCUGGAUGGUUCCAUCUACCGCUUCCAUUUUGAAACCGAGACGGUUCCUCGCCCGACCACCACCAAGUUUGCCAUGGUGCCUCAGUGCGUACCCUACGCCCUGUCCUGGGGCUACGCCGGCAUCUGUGCUGCGGGUAACGACCGCAUGGUGCGAUUCUGGGACUCAGAGGGUCGGGAAGGGCAGACCUUUGACUACACUGGCGACCAGAAGAUCAAGGAGUUCACCGUCGCGGCCUUCAAUCCAUCCGGCGAGUCUGUGGUCCUGGGUAACUACAACCGCUUCCUAGUCUUUGCCUGGCACCCGAAAAGGAGUGAGUGGGCUGAAGUUGUACAGCGAGAGGUGCCAAACCUCUACACAGUCACUGCACUUUCAUGGCGGGCAGAUGGGUCUCGACUCAUCGUUGGGUCUCUCUGCGGUGGCGUGGACAUGUUCGACGUUUGCAUUCGGCGAUCACGUUAUCGCGACUCGCACGAGUUCACCUACGUCUCCCUGAGUCAGGUUAUUGUGAAGAGCCUGCGCUCUGGCGCGCGCAUUGUGCUCAAGAGCAACGUCGGAUUCGAGAUCAAAAAGAUCAACAUAUUCCAGGAGCGCUUCCUGGUAGCUCACACCCCGGAGAGCAUAUUGCUGGGGGAUCUGCAAACGUGCAGACUGUCAGAGAUCCCCUGGCACUCAAGCGGCAACGAGAAGUUUGUCUUCGACAACCCCACGGUUUGCAUGAUCUUCAAGGCCGGUGAGCUCUCAGUGGUCGAGUACGGCUGCAAUGAGCUGCUGGCGUGCGCCCGCACGGAGUUCAUGUCUCCGCACCUCAUCAGUGUUCGGAUCAGCGCGCCGGAAGAGAGCGACGCCUACGCCCCAGCCAUAGGCGAGCUGAAGGUUAUCGCAUACCUGCUGGACCUGAUGACGAUCCGUGUUUGUGAUUUGGUUUCGAAUGCCACCCUGGCGAACAUCCAUCACGACACCAGGAUCGACUGGUUAGAAUUGAACCCAAAUGGGGCAAAUCGCCUCAUCUUCAGAGACAAGAGGAGGCAGCUCUACCUCUUUGACAUUGAGCAGCAGAGCAGGGUUACCCUCCUGAACUACUGCAACUACGUGCAGUGGGUUCCAGACAGCGACGUAGUCGUGGCACAGAACAGAGGACAGCUUUGUGUAUGGUACUCGAUCAAUGCUCCUGAUCGGGUGACGCUACAUGAGAUCAAGGGCGACAUCGAAGACAUCGAACGCUCGAACGGUCGAACUUGUGUCAUCGUGGACGAGGGCGUCAACAUGGUGGAGUACGAGCUGGAUGAGGGCUUGAUUUCCUUUGGCUCAUGUCUGGAACGGGGUCAGUACGCGAAGGCCUUGCAGAGAUGGUGCGAAGUUUAUUGUGGUGCUGUUGAUUCGGUGAUGUAUGCGAUUGAAUUCCUGCAGGCCGUGGAUCUCUUGGAGGCCAGCUUGCGAGAACUGCCAUCACAUGGCGCGGAUCCUUGCGGCGAAUGUCUUGAACACCAGGAGCUCCCGCUCACGCCAGAGACGGAAGCAAUGUGGCGAUCGCUGGCUGAUGCCUCCAUGGACGGGCAUUUGCCAGAUGUUCUAAAGGAGCACUUCAACCUGCCAGUGGCAGAGCGCUGCUAUGCGGUGUUGGGUGAUGUGGCCAAGAGCCGAUACCUGCACAAGGUCAACCGCCUCAUCCAAGACCACGCUGCAGAGGUUGGCGGCGAUGGCUCCAACUACUACAUGGCACAGGCCAGCGUGAAGAUGUACCUUGUUCCACGGUGCCAUGACGUCCUGCACGGUGCUGAGGCCAAGAUGGCCAUGCUUGCGAAGCAGUUCCAGCGAGCAGAAGCCAUCCUGCUGGACCACAACGAGCUAGAUGAGGCGCUGGCCAUGUACCAGGAGCUUCACAAGUACAACGAAUCCAUACAGCUAGCAGAGCGGAAGAACCACCCCAAGCUCAUGCACCUGAAGAACUACUACCUGCAAUGGCUGCUGUCCACACAGCAAGAGGAGAAGGCUGGCGAGCUCCAGGAAAUCGAUGGCGACUACGUCAGGGCCAUCGAGCUGUAUCUCCGCGGCGGAAUGGCCGCAAAGGCUGCAUCGGUCGUCCAGCGACACAACGCCAACUACUCCCAGGAGCUUUUGCAAAAGAUCGUCGCGGGUCUGCAGGCCAGUGGCAUGCACGACCGUGCGGGCGGCCUCUACGAGCGCAUGGGUCUCAUUCAGCCGGCCAUGGACGCGUACCGCCGUGGGCACGCCUACAGACAGGCCAUCGAGCUGGCCAAGCACUCUCAGCCUGGCCUGGUGGUUGCUCUGGAGGAGGAGUGGGGCGACUGGUUGGUCUCGCAGCGGCAGGUGGACGCAGCGAUCAAUCACUACAUUGAGGCUGGCUCAGCCACGAAGGCCAUCGAUGCGGCCAUGACCGCACGGCAGUGGCACAAAGCCGAGACGUUGUUGGAUCAGGCUUCAAUGGGUGCCGAUCAGAGCUUUGCCCUGCCGUUUUACGAGAAGUUGGCCACGCAUUAUGCGCACUCCCGCCAGUUCGAGCAAGCAGAGCGAGCUUUCAUCAAGUCCGGCCGACCACAGCGGGCUGUCCAGAUGUAUGUCGAUCAUGCGCAGUACGAGAAAGCUCACCGUGUUGCCAAAGCACACCUCUCCCCCGCAGAGAGGACGGAGCUCUACAUCGCGCUGGCGCAGGGCCUGGAGCAAUCGGUCAAGCUCAACGAGGCCGAGCAAAUGUACUUGGCCGUCAAUGAGUUUGAUCUGGCGAUCAACAUGUAUAAGAAGCGCGAAGAGUAUGAGCAGAUGCUGCGCUUGGUAUCCAAAUACCGCAAGGAGCUCCUGAAUGACACCUACAAGCACAUUGCGGAGCAGUACGAGAUGAAGGGCAACCUCAAGAAGGCUGAGCACUACUAUGUUGAGGCGAAGAUGUGGACCAGCGCCAUGUCCAUGUAUCGUCAGCUCGAGAAGUGGGAAGAUGCCAAGCGCGUUGCCAAGAUGCACGGCGGCAAGCAGUCCUUCGAGAAGGUGGUCUUGGCACAAGCUCACGCAACCUUCAAGGAACAUGGAGCUGAGGCCGGGGCACAGCUGCUGGCCAAGCACGGCCUGAUCGAGAUUGCCAUUGACUAUGCAGUGGAGCACAGCAACUUCCAGCAUGCCUUCGAGCUGGCGAACCACUCAGCCAAGCACAAGCUCCCCGACAUCCACCUCAAGAAGGAGGAGUUCAUCAAGGCAAACAAGCCCAAGGAAGCCAUCGACAUGCAGCUGGGCGUUGUUGCGACGUAUGUGCACGGGCGCGAUUGGGUCUCUGCCAUGCGGGUGGCAGAGGCAUACGAGCGCGAGAGCAUCAAGGACGUGAUGGUCCACCAUGCCAAGGACCUCGUCGACCAGAACAACAUGCAGGCUGCCGAGAAUCUCUUCAUCCAGGCUGGCAAGCCGGAGUUGGCGGUGAAGGCCUAUUCCUCCAAGCGCAUGGUGAACGAAGCCGUGAGGGUCUGCAAGAAGCACUGCCCGCAGAUGUUGGGUGAUGUGGUCGACUCCUAUGGCGACGGCGCUGCUGCUCCAGGUGCACCGCAGAGCUUGGACGAGAUCCUAGAUGCUGCGAAGAUCUACGAGGAGACCGGCAACUACUCGCGUGCCAUUGACGCAUACCUUUCAGUGAACGAGACGGCCUCCUCGGAGCCGGAUCGCCUGGAGGAGGUCUGGGAGAACGCGGUGCGCCUGUCCAUGAAGCACGCCCAGGAGCGCUACACCGAUAUCGUGGCGAUCGUCUCCAAGAGGUUGAAGCUCAUCCAGCGGUUUGAGGCGGCCGCGGAGCUGUACGAAAGCAUCGACGCUUUCCGUGAAGCGGUCAAUUGCUACAUCGCCGGCGAGGUGUGGGACAAAGCGCGGCAGCUCGCGCAGCAGCACUGCCCGGACAUGGUCCGCGUGGUGGAAGAUAGGUACAAAACAGACUUGGUUGGCAAGGGAGAUGGUGAUGAGCUCAUCCGUCGCACCGGAGACGUGGACAGUGCGCUGGACAUGUAUGCCCGCAACGGAGAUUGGACCAAGUGCCUGGCACUGGCCGAGAAGCACAGCCCGAAGAUGCUUCCUCACUACCUCGUGCAGUACUGCAGGGUCUUGGCCAACAAGCAGGAGAUCCUUCAGGCUGCGCAGAUGCUGGUCCGGUACGGGCCUCCGCCUGAGCAGACCAACUUCCCUCUCUACAAGCUCAUUCACACCGACCUGCUGCCUCCGGCCCAGCUUCCGUCGUGCGCUGAUGCCGGAGGGCCACCGCUGGUGCGGGAAAUGCUGCUGCGCGUCAUGACGCCGCCCGGCACACUGGGAGCGCCGCCAACUCCGAAGAUGCUCUCAGAAGAUCGCCGGCCUCAGGCAGAGUUCCUCAAGGCUCUCCUGACUGCGCACCUGCAGACGGUGCGGGAGAGGUUACGAGAGAGGAACAUGGCCCCAGAGGUUGUGGCGAAGGUCAGCGUUGCGCUCUGCCGUUACUGUGCAGAGUUCCCAGUGGAUCUGGCAUUCUAUGAUGCCGGUCUUGACUGCAAAAAUGCAGGCAUGAUCAACAUGUCCUUCUUCUUCCUCAACCGCUUCCUGGACAUUGCAGAUGCAAUCGAAGAUCCGGACAACGCUGCGAUUGACAACACUGACUUCAUGGAUACCGAUAUUCCUUCGCCGUAUGAUCUGGACCUUCCGGAGCAGGCGCACAUCUCCAACGACAAGGUCGAGGAAAUCCGCGACUGGGUUUUGGGAUGGUCUAUGGACCAGAAUGUCCAGCAGAAGAUGGACCUGCGUCAGUGCGACAAGUGCUGCCUGCACGCUUGGGAAGCUGCAAACCCGAGGAACUGCAGCACGCUCAGCGAGCCUUGUGCGAUCUCGGGCUUUCCGGUCCAGAAGAAGUCGCGAGUGGAAUGCACAGUGUGUCAUGUUGCCGCGAAUCGCGAUGACUGGAACAUCUGGGUGCAGCAGUUCAAGGAGUGCCCGUGGUGCUCUGCGCCUCAGAACGCGCAGUACUGA